AACACUGGACCACAUUACAGCACCACCACUUAUCAAACGACAAAUGGAAUUUUAUCUGAAAAGCACUUUUUCAAGCAGCAGCCAAAAACAUCAAAAAAUAUAAAGAACCUUACCAAAAGCCAAAACCACAAAGAUCACAAACAAAAAUUUUCCACUAAUUAA